ACAAUUUUCUCAGCACAUCUCUGAAAACUGUCCUGUGUUUACACUUUACAGUUGUAUAAUAUUUUCUUAGCAUCCCUUACGAAAUUAUUUCCUCAAAGUUUCCUCAAAGACAAUUUUCUUAGUUUUUCUCUAAAAGCUGUCUUGUGUUUACACUUUACAGUUGUAUAUUUUCUUAGCAUCCCUUACGAAAUUUCCUCAAAGUUUCCUGAAAGUUACCACUUAUAAAAAAGCGAAAAGGAAUUAGGAAAAAUAAAAUAAAAAUCGCAGAAGACUUUAAAUUACUCGUUCUUUCUUUUUGAGUCUUUACAAGGGAACUACUCGCAAAUGAUAAUAUAGCUCUAACCAAAAGCAACAGCUGAUAUCACACACACCGAAGCUUUGUAAGUUUCCAAUGGCUUCCAUAACCUCUGAAAUAGCUUCUUCUUCAUUGUCCACAUGGGAGUAUGAUGUUUUUCUCAGUUUCAGAGGUGAGGACACCCGUAAUAACUUCACAGACCAUUUAUAUGCUGCCUUGGAUCAAAAAGGAAUUAAGACCUUUAGAGACAAUGAAAGACUUGAGAGAGGAAAACCCAUUUCCACGGAGCUCUUGAAUGCUAUAGAAAAGUCGAAGUUCGCAAUCAUUGUUCUAUCAAGAAACUAUGCGUCCUCGUCUUGGUGCUUAGAUGAACUUGUAAAGAUGGUUGAGUGCAAGGAAAAGACUAGGCUAACAGUGUUGCCUGUUUUUUAUGGUGUGGAUCCCUCUGAUGUACGAAAACAAACGGGCAGUUUUGCAGAGGCCUUUGCUAAACAUGAAGAUCUUAUCAAGAACGAAGAGAAGUUGCGAUCAUGGAGAGCUGCUUUGAGUCAAGUUGCCAAUCUCUCUGGAUGGGAUGCACGAAAUAAGCAAGAGUCAACAAUCAUCAAAGAGAUCGUCAGAGAAAUACUUGGUGACUUGAAUUCUUCCUACUCGUAUGUACACAAGGAUCUAGUUGGAAUAAAAUCUCGUGUUAAGGAAAUGGAGGAUUUAUGUUUAGGUAUGGGGUUGAAUGAUGUUCGCUUCAUAGGGAUUUGGGGAAUGGGUGGAGUUGGUAAAACAACUCUAGCACGAGUCCUUUAUGACAAAAUUCAUUCUCAUUUUGAUGGCAGCAACUUUCUUGCAAAUGUUAGAGAAAAAAGUGGAAACGGGGGAUUAGUUGCUUUACAAAAACAACUUCUUUCUGAUGUCUUGUUUGAAAGCAAUAUUAAUAUUUUGGAUGCUCAACAGGGAAUCAAUGUGAUAAUGAAUAGAUUAUGUUGUAAAAGGGUUCUUGUAAUUCUUGAUGAUGUGGAUCAACUUGAACAGUUAGAAGCAUUAGUAGGCAAGCGGAGUUGGUUUGGUCAAGGGAGUGUGAUCAUUAUGACAACUAGAGAUCAACAUCUAUUACUCAGACAUGAAGUGACUGAAAAGGAAAUAUACAAGGCUAGAUUAUUAAAUGAUGAUGAAGCUCUAAAACUUUUUAGUCUAAAAGCUUUCAAGCAAGACUAUCCUUCAGAAGGUUAUGAGUUGCCAUCUCAAAAGGUUAUAUAUUAUGCUCAAGGCCUUCCUCUAGCUCUCGAAAUUUUAGGUUCCUUCCUAGUUCGUAGAAAUCUAGAUGCAUGGGAAAGUCUCUUAGGUAGACUACAAGAAUGUCCUGAAAGUAAAAUUUUAGAUGUGCUCCAAAUAAGUUUUGAUGGUCUAAGGAGAACAGAGAAAAAAAUAUUUUUAGAUAUUGCUUGUUUCUUCAAAGGAAUGACUAAAGAUCGUGUAGCAAACAUACUACGAACUCCCCAUAGUAGGCCAGAUGUUGAUAUAGAUGUUCUCAUGGAAAAAUCCCUUAUAACCAUCUCAAAUGGAACAUUGUGGAUGCAUGAUUUGCUACAAGAAUUGGGUAAGGAAAUUGUUCGUUGUGAAUCUCCUGACGAGCCUGGUGGACGCAGUAGGUUGUGGUUGAAGGAGGAUAUCCUUCAUGUACUAAUAGAUAAUGCAGGAACAGAAAAGGUUGAAGGCAUCUUCCUCAACUCAUCUCCAAACAAAGAGGAUAAUGUUAAAGUCAAUUUUGAAGCCUUCUCAAAGAUGAGAAACCUAAGAUUGCUUAAUAUUGAUAAUGUGCACCUUCCUCAAGGCCUCAGUUUUCUUUCAAGUGAGUUACGUCUUAUGAAUUGGCUUGGAUAUCCUUUAAAAUUCAUGCCAACAAAUUUCCAUCCCAACAAACUUGUUGAACUCAUAAUGCCUCAUAGCCACAUCAAACAACUAUGGGAGGGAGUUUGGGUUGUUCAAAGCUGAAGAAGUUUCCAGAAAUUGUGGGGAAUAUGUCACGUUUGCUAAAACUUUAUUUGGAUGAGACUGCUAUAGAAGAUCUACCGUUAUCAAUGGAGCAGUUAACUGGGCUUAUCAAAUUGGUUCUAACAAAUUGCAAAAAUCUUUCAAGUCUUCCUGGAGCC